AUGUCGAAGAAGAAGGUUUCCGAAGCUACUUCACAUCUCCGUGUCGCAAUUCGUGUCAGGCCUAUGAAUAAGACUGAAAAAGACGAAAAAUGCACGAAUAUUGUGAAGGUCGAUCAGCAGAAACUCACGAUAACCUGCAAAGGAAAGGGUUUCGGACCAUUCACGAAAGUCUAUGGACCCGAUGUGACCCAAUCGAUGGUUUACGAGGAUUUGGUAGCGUCGCAAGUGAAAAACGUGAUAGCCGGCUUCAAUUGCACAGUGUUCGCCUACGGACAAACCGGAACUGGAAAAACGUUCACGAUGGAAGGCGGCCGAAGCGAGGCGAAGUCUUCAGACGAAGAUGAAACCACUGGAAUCAUUCCGAGAGCCGUUGAAGACAUUUUCCUUCAAUUGGAAAAAUCUGGCUGUGAAGAAUAUUCGCUGCGUGUCAGCUAUUUGGAACUUUACAACGAGGAAUUGUUCGAUUUGCUCGCUAUUAAUUCCGAUGGAGAUGAUCGCGAGAGGCUGCGUAUUUUCGAUGAUCCCAACAAGAAGGGUGUUAUCGUUUCUGGUGUCGAGGAAGUGCCGGUUCGAAACCGCGCUGAUGUCUACAAACUUCUCGAAAUGGGCGCCGAGAAGAGGCGAACGGCGGCUACGCUUAUGAACAUGCACAGCAGCAGAUCGCAUAGUUUGUUCAUGGUGAAUGUCGUCAUUCGCGAGAAUACAACGAAUGGCGAGGAACUUGUCAAACAAGGAAAACUUAAUCUCGUGGAUCUUGCUGGUUCGGAGAACAUUGGACGAUCUGGAGCUCAAGGAAAUCGUGCUAAAGAGGCCGGAUCAAUUAACCAAUCGCUUUUGACAUUGGGAAGAGUCAUCAGAUCGCUAACGACCAAUGCGCAACACAUUCCUUACAGAGAAUCGAAACUUACUCGAUUGUUGCAAGACAGUCUUGGCGGAUCGACGAUUACAUCUCUAAUAGCCACACUGUCGCCAGCCAGUUCGAAUUUCGAGGAGAGCCAAAGUACAUUGGAGUAUGCGAUGCGAGCGGCGAAUAUUAAGAACAAACCGAUUUGCAAUACGAAAGUGUCGAAGAAGACGAUCCUCAAAGAAUAUUCGGAGGAAAUUGAAAAAUUGCGAAGAGAUUUGCGAGCUGCUCGAGAGAAGAAUGGGGUUAUCAUCAGCGAAGAAUCUCAUGAAGAAUUCCAGCGUAAUAUGGAGCGCGUUAGAGAUCUUGAAGAUCAACUCGGCGCCGUCACCGAUCGAUUGUAUCGGUUUACCGAAGAUCUCAUGCAUAUGGAUGAUCAAUAUCGUCAGCUGUAUGAGCAUAAAACAGAGCUCGCUGAUAGAUUGAAUCAACGUCUUCGAGAUUUGGCUGAGAAGGAAAAAGAGUUGGCGGAUACUCGCGAUGAGCUCAAGAUUUAUGUUGAUGCUCUUGAAGAGAUGCAUUCUUCUGCUCUUCGGACGUACUCACAACUUCAGGAUAUGAGAAAUGUCGCCGAUGACUAUCAAGGAGACUUGGUUCGAUAUUGGAAAAAAGUUGAUGCGAUGAGUGCGGCGGCGGUUGACAACAAGGGAAUGAUUGAGAAAUAUAUCGAAAAGAUUGGCUCAUCGAUUACAAGAUUACUCGAGAAUAAUCGGAGAUUUUCUGAUGAAUCUACGGCGAACGUUGAGAAAGUUGUGGAAAACUCGAAAAUCCCUUGCGAAUUUCUUGCCGAGACCUCGUCGAAACUUCAAAACGAAUCGCAAUCGCUUACAAUGCGCUUCUCGGAGUUUUCUCAAUUGUCGACAACGCUACACAAUGAGGCCAUUGAGAGAAUUAAUAACGAGCAUGAGGAUUUGAAAAAGGACCUUAAUAUUAAAAUGAAUUCGUUGAUGAUAUUAUUCCAACGAUAUAAUAAAGAGGCGAGUUUGCUGGGAGAAACGGCGUCGACGAGAUUGAACAAUAUUCAAGAAGCGAUGGAUGGAUUCCGAAAAGAGAUUGAUCCUUUGCUCUCGGAACUUCGUGUAGCCAUUUCAGAUUCCAUGGAUCGUCAUGAGAAGGAUAGGCAAGAGAUUUCAACUUCAGUCGCCCAACCGUGUGCCGACAUUUUCGCCGAACUUGAGAAUUUGCGCAAAGACUUUGUUGAACGCAUUGGUUGUGUCGCACAAAAGGCCCAGAUGGCCUCGCAGAAGGCCGUCGAGAUAAACUCGCGACAGGAAAUCGACGAUCAAGAAUCGUUGAGAAAAGUGUUGGAAACGAUGAGCAUCGUCCAGGACGUCGUGACUUCGAAUGAAGAUGUCAUUGGUGAAGAAGUGGCAACAUUCAAUGACACCGAGAAGGUGGCGACGCAAGAGGAACUGAAUGCAAUCAGCGAUGAGGCUGAAGUUGGAUGUUCGGAAAUCAACACGCAAGUCGAGAAUCAUGUGACAAGUGUGAAAUCGGCGACGGAGGAGCUGGAGGAGAAGAAUGCUCUGAAUUUGAAACAAUUGGAAGAGAAGACGCAAGGAGGCGUGGAACGCUUGAAUUCGAUCGUCGCUGAUUGCGGAACGACUAUUGAAUCAACGGAAUCAAGAACAACCGACGCUGUUGCAGUCAUGAAUGAAAGCAAAAAUCGAUCCGAAAACGCGGUGGUCGAGAUCACGGGAGAAAUGAGAGAAUCAUCGGAAGCUGUGAAACUCGUUGAAGUUGAUCCAUAUGAGUGCGUUCCAUCGCGUACAAUCCGCUCGAUUUACACAGUCGACGAGCUCAACGUGCCGCCGCAACCGGAAAAACUCGUGAGUCGCUCAAGUAGCUCGUCGGAAGAAGGCGAGGAUGAUGUGAGCGCGAGGAAGAAGAGACGAGUGACGACAUUCAUGCGACGAGACAGCUUAUUGGAUGCCACCAACAAAUUCAUGAGUCCGACUUCAAUUCAGCGUCGUCGAGAAGCCAUCAUCGAGGAGGACGACUUCGAGAAUUGA